AUGGCCUUGAUCGGCCUUGGCCGUCUCGGCGCCAUCCGUGCCCGCAUUCUCGCCUUCCAGCAGCCUCGCAUUGAACUCGUUGCUGCUUGUGACACAAAGCCUGGUAGCGACAAGUGGGUGGCUGAGAAUCUGCCUCCUACCGUCAAGUACUUUGCCGACCCUGAGGAUUGUAUGAGGAACAGUGGUGCUCAGGCCGUGCUCAUUUCCACAGCUACUGCUACGCACGCUCCCCUGAUCCUCCUAGGUCUUGACCUCGGUCUACAUGUUAUGUGCGAGAAGCCCAUUUCUGUUGACGUUAUCACUACGGAGGAGGUCCUCACAAAGGCGAAGUCGAAGCCUGAGCUCAAGUUCCUCAUUCCUUUCUGCCGAAGAUAUGACGACUCCUAUCGUUCUGCCAAGGAGCUGGUAGAAAGCGGCGCACUAGGCGACAUUCACGCCGUCGAGACCAACUGCCUCGAUCAACAAGACCCUACUGGAUUUUUUGUCACAUUCUCCGCUCAGUCCGGAGGUAUCUUUGUCGACAUGGGUGUUCACGAUAUCGAUAUCGGCCGAUACUACCUCGACGUUAAGUCCGGUCUCACCAACCCCAAGAAGCAAGUCAACCGCGUCGUCGCCAUGGGACAACAGGCUGUCUACGGCAAGCUCGCCGAGUACGGUGACUGCGACAACGGCUGGGCUCUAGUAGAGUUUGCCAACGGCAAGGUUCUCACCUCCCACUUGGGCCGUACUCUGACAAACGGUUUCGAGAGUACCACUCGCGUGUGUGGUACAAAGGCGCACUCUGUUAUCAAUGGCAACUCGACGAUCAACCGUGUCGAGGUUCGCGAUGCUCACGGUGUACGAACAGCUACUACACCCGAUGCCUUUGUGCUUUACGACAAGUCCUUUCUGAACGAUCUUGCGGAGUUUGCUACUGCUGUUCUCGACAAUAAGCCUCUUACUUGCACACCAGAUGAUGCAUACGAGGCUGCCAAGAUCGCCACGGCUUUGCAGUACUCGUUCCGAAGUGGUGUCCCUGUAUACUUUGAUGAUGAGGGUAGACCUGUCUUGGACACUCCCAAAGUGAACGGUGCAGCAUAA